AGAAAUCAUAGUAAAAGUGAAUUAGAUGUUGAAAACAAACUACAACGAGGCAAAGCUUACCUUGCUAUUUAUCUUCUAAGAACCAAUGUAAUUGCUACCCUAGAAAGAGAAAAUGAACAGCACAUGUAUUGAAGAACAGCAUGACCUGGAUCACUAUUUGUUUCCAAUUGUUUAUGUCUUUGUGGUCGUAGUCAGCAUUCCAGCCAAUAUUGGAUCUCUAUGUGUGUCUUUUCUGCAAGUAAAAAAAGAAAAUGAAUUAGGAAUUUACCUCUUCAGUUUAUCACUGUCAGAUCUGCUGUAUACGUUAACUCUCCCUCUGUGGAUUGAUUAUACUUGGAAUAGAGACAACUGGACUUUCUCUCCCACCUUGUGCAAAGGCAGUGCUUUCUUCAUGUACAUGAACUUCUACAGCAGCACAGCGUUCCUCACCUGCAUCGCUGUUGAUCGGUACUUAGCAGUUGUCUACCCUAUGAAGUUUUUUUUCCUAAGGACAAGAAAAUUUGCAUUCAUGGUCAGCCUAUUUGUCUGGGUAUUGGAAACCAUCUUCAAUGCUGCCAUUCUGUGGGAAGACGAAACAGCUAUCGAGUACUGUGAUGCCAAAAAGUCUAAUUUUACUUUAUGCUAUGACAAAUACCCCUUGGAAAAAUGGCAAAUCAAACUCAACUUGUUUAGGACGUGUGCAGGCUAUGCCAUACCUCUGGUCAUCAUAAUGGUUUGCAACCGGAAAGUCUACCAAGCUGUGCAGCACAAUCAAGCCACAGAAAACAGCGAAAAGAAGAGAAUCAUAAAACUACUUGUUAGUAUCACGUUGACUUUUAUCUUGUGUUUUACUCCCUUUCACGUGAUGUUGCUGAUUCGCUGUAUUUUAGAGCGGGAUGUGAACUUCAAUGAGCGUCUAUUUGACCACAAGCCUGGGAAGCAGACUUAUAAGAUGUACAGAAUCACAGUUGCGUUAACAAGUUUAAAUUGUGUCGCUGAUCCAAUUCUGUACUGUUUUGUAACUGAAACAGGAAGAUCUGAUAUGUGGAAUAUAUUAAAAUCCUGUACUGGGAAGCUUAGUACAUCACAAAGACAAAGUAAAAGCACAAUUUCUAUGUCUACAAAAGAUACUGUGGAAUUAGACAUCUUGGAAUAGAACCAGGGAAUUUUUUUAAGGUACAUAAUAUCGAAUCACCGAGAUUACGUUUUGAAAAGGAAAUCUAGCAUGGGAGGGGACUAAGUGUUCCAAGUGAGUGAAUAUUUUAAUCUGCUCCAAUGGAAAUAUUUUUAAAGUGCACUGUAUAGCUCCCUGACUUUUACUGAAUGAGUAUUAAAUAAAAUUUCAUAUUUUCCUAA